GUCCUCCUUCUCUCUCCCAACAUUAACUACCGCGCCGGUGUCAACGCGUGUAUCUCUCUUUACAUUCGCCCUCAUGCCAUCUUCUAUCCUCCAUGCUUUCACGACGUAAUAUCCGCGACUCCUCCCUUCUUUCUCCCGGCGGCUACGACGAGGAUGCCGAGUCGCUACGUUCCCCCUCAGAGCAGGACUCUGACUCCGAAGACGACGAAUUCAUCCGCCGAUCCCGUACCACUCUAGAACUCGCGGAACACGAUCGCACCGUCCUAGAUGAUGAAGAGGAAACCGAGAAGCUGUUGACCAGAAGCGGUCCGACUCAUGGUCUUCGCCGCAUUUUUAGUCCAAAUAGCAGCAGUGUCCGGAUUGGGAAGCAAGAACGCAGGCGACAAAGGCGGCAAGCGAGGAGGGACGCACGCAGGCAACGUCUGGGAAAGUCGCGGGAAUCAGCUGAGAUGCUGUUCGAGAUGGAGGAGGGCCACCCGGACGAUGAGAGCUCGCUACUGAGUUCGUCCUCGUCCGAUCUAGACCGUCGACUCAAAGAUUACAAUUCCGUCCCAGUACCGCGUGUCUCGUGGCGCAGACUCAUCUUGAUAUCCUCCGCGCUCCUGGUCCUUUUCUUCAUUCUCUUGUUAGGGGCCUACAAAGCAUCAACAAAAUUCCGAGCCUCGCACUCGACGAAACGUUUCAAGUCCAACGGCACCGCUCUUUUCGCACCCACCACGAUCUUGAUCUCUCUCGAUGGCUUUCGAGCGGAUUUCCUCAAUCGUGGCUUGACCCCGGCUCUCAACUCACUGAUCGCGAACGGUGUUUCUCCGCAAUACAUGCUCCCCAGCUUUCCCAGCGUGACCUUUCCGAACCACUUCACCCUCGUUACAGGAUUGUACCCCGAAAGCCAUGGAAUCGUUGGAAAUACUUUCUGGGAUCCAGAGAUGGAGGAAGAGUUCUAUUACACCCACCCCAGUGUUAGCAUGCAGCCUAAGUGGUGGAAUGCCGAACCUGUCUGGAUGACAGCCGAGAACCAGGGGGUGAAGACUGCGAUUCAUAUGUGGCCAGGCUCUGAGGCACACAUUGGCGGUGUCGAGCCAACAUUUCUCGAUCACUACAAUGGCUCCGAAGCACUCUCGCGAAAAGUUGAUCGCAUCCUGGGUCUGUUAGAUCUGCCUGGCGUGGAGGACGAGACGCAAUCUGCCCGCCCGCAAUUCAUUGCUGCAUAUGUUCCCAAUGUCGACGCCGAUGGACAUCUGUACGGUCCCAACAGCACAGAAAUCCGAGGAACAAUAGCACGGGUUGACACUAUGCUUGCCGGUCUUCUCACAGGCCUACAAGAUCGCAACUUGACCGAGAUCGUGAAUGUCGUCAUUGUCUCUGACCAUGGAAUGGCAAGCACUGCGACAGAACGAUUGGUGCAGCUGGAAGACUUGAUCGAUUUAAGUCUGGUAGCCCGCAUCGAUGGGUGGCCUUUGCGUGGACUGCGUCCAAAGCGACCAGAAGACUUGGCAGUUCUUCAGAAUCAGCUCGAGAGCGUGGCGUCUAACUACUCUCAUGCCCUAGAAGUCUACACGCGGGAAACUAUGCCCGACCGUUACCAUUUCCAGAAUAACGAUCGUAUCGCGCCUCUCUGGGUGAUCCCAAAAGCAGGGUGGGCAAUUGUCGAACGGCCGGACUUCGACGCUCUUGAGGCUCUGGAAAAGGGAGAAGUCUAUCACCCGAAGGGGAUCCAUGGGUAUGAUCAUGAACAUCCCUUAAUGCGGGCGAUCUUCAUCGCGAGCGGUCCUGCGUUCCCUCAUGAGCCUAACAGCCGAUUGGAUGUCUUUCAAAAUAUCAAUGUCUAUAACUUGAUCUGUGACUCCCUUGGGGUGACGCCGCACCCCAACAAUGGAACCCUUCGUCUCCCUCUGAAGCCGGUGGGCCUGCAUUCUGAUGGGGAUUCACCGGCUCUAGAGGAACCUUCUGAUCCACCGGCAGUCACAGCGACCGUCGUCGAGCCUGUAAAGCCCGUCAAUCCUGUCACUCCUAUCAAGCCAUCGACGACAGCCAUCAGUUACCCCAGCCCCUCACUCUCUGUUGACGCCCCUGUCGAAGAGUCCCCAGAGACGAGCACACAGAGUGAGGACGAAAAUGGACCAACUUGGUGGGGAACUUUAUGGGAAAAACUAGAAGAGGCGAAGGAUUGGGCGACUGAUGUGUUUGACACAGUCAAAGACAACUUUGUGUCGGGUUCGUCAUAGAGGAUGAUUCCCGUUAGUAUACUACAUACAUACAUACACCAUCUAAUAAUUCGAGAUACCCAC